AUGCCCUUCUUCAAACAGCUACGGCGCCGUUCCAAGGCCAAUUUCGCAAAGAAUCCCUCACAUAGCGUGGAGGAGGUCUCCGGCAAAUCAUCCUCUACGAUCGACACCUCCAGCUCCAUCACUCCACCUUCCUCCAUCAAGCCCACCCUCUCAACCCCCAGUCUCCCAGCCCUCAACGAAUCUGAAAGUGCAAGUACCACCAGUACAACAUUGGCCCCUCAGCGACCGCCCUUGGCCAACUCUCAGCGGAACAGUAUCAUUGGCAGCAGCGCCUCAUCGGUCAAUGGUGUCUAUCGGUCACAGCCUUCCGUCUCGCCUUACGCCCCGAGAAUUGUGUCCGUAUCUGAUAAUUCAUGGGUCAACCAGAAAGUCCUCCUCGUUUAUGGCCAGAUUGGCGACCCGCGACAACAUCCGCUGGACGGAAAUGUCACCGUCUACCACCACCAAGAUAAUUUCCCGUCGCUCGGCUGGCCCGUCACCGCGUCCCAUUUCAAAGCCCUCGUCCAUUUAGUCCCCGGUCCUAAUCGCCUGCGCUUCGACUUCGUCUCCCCCAAACUGUCCACUGGCAGCGCCCACCCGGCCAUCCACUCAGCCUGGAUAUGCAUCAACUACCUGCCGUUGGUCAACACCCCACCUUUGCAGCUGGUGGUCCUACUCGGGAAGGACUCCGAUGGCACGUACGAUGCAGUACCGGAGAGGGCAGAGCGCGAGGGGAACAACUUGGAAACAGCCAUUCGGAAGUAUCGAAUGGCAGCCUACCUGUGGCAAGCCUUCACCGGCGAGCAAAUGUACCGCAACAACUUCGGGCGGCGCUGCUUCCGAUUCGAGGAGGAAUGGCAAUCGGGGAGUUUGAGUCGCCGGGACCUGACACAGGCGCAGAUGCGCAACGAAGCCAAGAUCCACGUGGUGCGCUCAGAUAAGACCGUGGCCGAACUCCGCGACCUCAACAUUGCUCAGCAAAACGACAAGGCUGAAAAGAAGGAUGAGCUGUUCAAUAUCGCCAAGGAAGCCGUGCGGAACCACUUCCAGCCGCAGCCCGGUCAGAAGCAAUACGUCUCUGUUCUUCUCCUUGAUUCGCACUGGGACACGGAGUCGCAAAUGGUGACAGGCCACGCUGCGUUGGGCUCCGCCGACGACGAUAUCAAGAUGGCGAUGUUUGGAUCUCACUGUCUCCAAAGUUACCCAUCCUGCUUGGAGGAAAUUGUCGAUGCAUUCACUGACUGUACCCGAACGGACACGAAUCACGUCGCCAACGACUGCGGCGAAGCAGGUUCUAACUGGGAGUCGGCCAAUCUAGGUAUCGGGGCUCACCUGCAUGAGGUUGGUCACCUUUUCGGAUGCCCGCACCAGGAAUCGGGAGUCAUGCUUCGCGACUACGUUCAGCUGAAUCGAACAUUCCUGACCAAAGAGCCCUUCUCUACACGUACCAAGGCACAGGGGUUGAAAGUGUGUUUGCCCAACGAUGAAUGUGGGUGGCACCGUUUGGAUGCCCUCAGAUUCCGUUUCCACCCAUGCUUCAAACUUCCCACCGACGCCUCCCCUCAUUCGGAUGACAGUGUCCAAGUCUGGCCUGUGGAGAGUGGGAAGAUCCUGUUUACUGCCACAUCUGGGAUCGCUUUCAUGGAACUGUAUGCCGAAGGCGAUACCUUCUGUCACAAAUCCAUUGAAUAUCUCAACACCGAGUCCAGCCCCAAUGGGCUCCCGCGGCAAGUCACUGUGACCGAGACUGAGCUCCGCCAGCGUGUGUACGGCACCGAGAAAGAAAAGAAGAAGAACAUCAAGGUGGUGGUUGUCUCUGGAUCAUUGGGCAGCUACACCGUCGAGAACAUCAGUGAGCUGAAAUCAAAGAACUCGCUCGUCAAGCUGCCGAAGAGCCAGUCUGGGUACAAGAGUGGUCGACUUGGGCACUCAGCAAUGGAAGGCAGCGAGCCAGAGCAACUCUUGCUGGAGAGUGCUUUCAUCAAAACGAAGCUCUUGACAUCAAUUAAGGUCUACCACGGCUCUGCCCUAGACGGCCUGGAGUUCUGCUAUGAAGAUGCCACUACACAGCUGUUCGGCAAGCGAGGAGGGAAACCCGGUGGAGAUGACUUCAUUCUCGACACUCGACGUGGUGAAAUACUUCUCGGCUUCUAUGUCCGGGCUGGUCAAUGGAUUGAUGGCAUUGAAAUUCUUACCAGCCUGGGGAGGAAAUCAGGGAUCUAUGGAAACGCCUCUGGUGGCUCAGGUCACACUUUGAUCCCGCCUUUAGGCUACAAGAUCGCUGGAAUUGCUGGCUCCUCUGCAUCAUGGGUGGACGGGUUUUCAUUAAUCAUUCAACACUGA